AUGGCCACUUACGCACUGUCAUCGUCCCACCGGGACCUCCUCGAGAAGUCUCUCGUUGAGACCGACCCUGAGGUCGCCGAGAUUAUGAAAAACGAAAUCCAGCGUCAGCGUGAAUCCGUUGUCCUGAUCGCUUCCGAGAACUUCACCUCUCAUGCCGUUUUCGACGCCCUUGGUUCUCCCAUGUGCAACAAGUACUCUGAGGGAUACCCUGGUGCUCGUUACUACGGUGGCAACCAGCACAUCGAUGCUAUUGAGCUCACCUGCCAGGCUCGUGCCCUGAAGGCUUUCAACCUCGACCCCGCCAAGUGGGGUGUCAAUGUCCAGUGCCUGAGUGGUAGCCCUGCCAACCUGCAGGUUUACCAGGCCUUGAUGCGCCCCCAUGACCGUCUCAUGGGUCUGGAUCUUCCUCACGGUGGCCAUCUGAGCCACGGCUACCAGACCCCCCAGAGAAAGAUCUCUGCUGUCUCCACUUACUUCGAGACCUUCCCCUACCGUGUCAACCUGGAGACUGGCAUCAUCGACUACGACACUCUUGAGGCCAAUGCUGAGCUCUACCGCCCCAAGUGCCUCGUUGCCGGUACCUCCGCGUACUGCCGUCUGAUCGACUACGCUCGCAUGCGUAAGAUCGCCGACAAGGUCGGUGCCUACCUCAUCGUCGACAUGGCCCACAUCUCCGGUCUGAUCGCUGCCGGUGUUAUUCCCUCUCCCUUCGAGUACGCUGAUGUGGUGACCACCACCACCCACAAGUCCCUGCGUGGACCCCGUGGUGCCAUGAUCUUCUUCCGCAAGGGUGUCCGCAGCACCGAUAAGUCUGGCAAGGAGAUCAUGUACGACCUUGAGGGUCCCAUCAACUUCUCGGUCUUCCCCGGUCACCAGGGUGGUCCCCACAACCACACUAUCACCGCUUUGGCUGUUGCCCUCAAGCAGGCUGCCACCCCCGAGUUCAGACAGUACCAGGAGCAGGUUCUCAAGAACGCCAAGGCUCUCGAGACCGAAUUCAAGCAGCUGGGCUACAAGCUUGUCUCUGACGGCACUGACAGCCACAUGGUGCUGUUGGAUCUCCGCCCUAAGAGCCUGGAUGGUGCUCGUGUUGAGGCCGUCCUGGAGCAGAUCAACAUUGCCUGCAACAAGAACUCGAUCCCUGGCGACAAGUCUGCCCUGACCCCCUGCGGUAUCCGUAUUGGUGCUCCCGCCAUGACUUCCCGUGGUAUGGGAGAGGAGGACUUCAAGCGCAUUGCUCAGUACAUUGACAAGUCCAUCACCAUCUGCAAGGAUGUUCAGAGCCAGCUGCCCAAGGAGGCCAACAAGCUCAAGGACUUCAAGGCCAAGGUUGCCUCUGAGUCCGUGCCUGAGAUUCUGGCUCUCCGCAAGGAGAUCGCCGGAUGGGCCAGCACCUUCCCUCUCCCAGUUUAG